GAAAAUAGAUGUAGAUCUAGAUCUAGAUAUCUAGACGGACUUUAACGAACGGCACUACAAGACCACCGAACUAGACUCUCCUACUAUUUUAUGUUUGCCUUAUUCGUCCAUGUGAUUCUCAUCUCCCUCCUGCUUCAACGUCAUGGCUGCCAGUGGCAUUCUCCGCAAAGGGUUACUGUUGAAUGGAUGGCUGCGUCAGUCCACGCGUCUAGUAGCCUCUCAGCAGUUGAAUGUGAAGUUAAACCCUGAAGGACUUCGGCACUUCUCAAGACUCAAUGCCACACCACAGUCACUUUGUCUUCUUCAAGACAUCAAGAACCCAGAGUUGAUGUCCCUCCUGCCUUUGCGAUCCCUACAUCAGUCAAGAGCUGUUCAAGAGGCUGCAAAAAAACCUAUUGAAGCUUCAAAUACAACCAAGGCUGCUGGUGAUGUUGCUGCUUCUGGGGCUUCAGGAUCCUCCACUGCCAAAAAAGUGUCAUCAUCUUUCUUGAAAAGUAGCAGGGGUGAGGGAAAAGGAUCAUCUGGGAAGGGAGAAAGUCGAUGGCAGUAUUAUCUGUAUGGCGGAUUAGCAAUUUCUACAUUGGUAGGGCUAUAUCGAAUGCGAAAUCAAUCAAGACAUGAAAUGCUCACUGCUAUCAAGGAAAAUAAACUACAGUCAACAAUGCAGCCCCCAGAGCAGGUGAAAAUGGAUGAGAAGCUCCCUCCUGCUCCUGCUGGCCGGGAGGAGAAAGCCUCUGGCAGCUCUAAUGUUAAGGUAGAGAAGACAGUUAAUGCGGCACUCGGGCAAGCUGGAGGAGAUGUAAGCCACUGUAAGCCUUCCUCUCCCUCUGUCAGAAUCCACUCUGAUGGUGCAAAACCGUGCAGCACACCUUUGAAUAAGAGGAAGUAUCCACCAAAGUACAAGUCCGUGAAGGAAUCUAGUUGUCUGAAGGUUGUGCGUGGGACAUGUGAUUGUGACACCCCUGAUCCAUGUGGUAGUCCCAAAAGAAAGUAAAUCUUGGAAAAAUAUGGAUUUAUGGUAAGGUCAUCACCUUUGCUGAGAUGAAAUUAAAAUAUGAACGUAAUGAGGAACAAAACCUUCUGACAAAUUUCCUGUAAAACCAAUGUGUCCUGCAAACAAGAGAGAUAGGAUGAGGCUUCAGAUACUGACUGUAUGAGCAGUGAGGGUCCCUCUCUGAAGUACAAUUACUUAAAACUUUAAAAGUAUUUAUGUAGCCACUAGAAGUAGAAGAAUACAAUAGAUGUUAAAUUUAUUUUUUCACUACAUGCUGGUUAUGUCAAAAGUGUUGCCAUCACAAUAAAUUGAAUGCAUUUUGA